AUCAAAAAUUAUGGAUAAAUGCAUAAAGCAAAAAUGCAUAAGUGCUUAUCGCGCUAUUCUGGAUCAAGUAUUAAUCUCUUAGUUUUCAGUAAAAACAACAGGGUUUGGCUAGCUUGGAUUUAGCAAGUUUGAGUUCUUGAAUGUUUUAAUAAACUUGGGUACGGGACUCAUUACAGAUGAUGAUCUUGUAGAUGUACAUGAAGUACUUGAUGAUGAUCUUGUAGAUGUACAUGAAGUACUUGAUGCAGGAUUUCCCCAUGUCUAACCUCUUUUUAUCACUGAGAUGUAGAAUGUUGGAGGCUUUAUCUUCUCUGUAUUGAGUUUAAUUCCCAAGCUAGAAAUGAAAUGAAAUGUUAUUCUGUUGUUUAGAAAACCUUGAACUAUUGGGGAUUACAGAAACCAAUGUAGGUAUGGCAACUUUGGCUAUUGUAAUAUUUGGGUUGCCGAAACUCAAAAACUUGCCAAUGGGUGAUUUUUUAUGUGAUGUAUUGGAGUUUGUUGAGAUGGAAGAUACUCAGGUUUGGAGGAGGGGUGAUCCCAGUCCUAGAUUAAAAAUCCAGGAGUUUUGUUGUUCUGAGAUCUACCAUUUUCACUCGAGAAAACAAAUGACUCGAGUUUCCAAGAUGUGUCCUUAUAUCAGAGAAGUAAGUUUCUUCUACGAUGGUGAGGAACUGUGUGAACUGAAUACUCUAAGCCUUCUUCCACAACUGGUUCAGCUCAAGCUUAAUGGUGGAGAUGUCAGCAAGGACCCAAUAAGAGAAUUUUUUGAGAUGAUAGGCCCUAAACUAGAGAGACUUAAGUUAAAUCAUAUAGAAAAUAUCGACAAGCAAUAUAUAGUACAGUUGAACUGAACAUAUCUAGUUCCAGCAGUCGGGUCAUCUUAGUGUUUAUUCUUCUCUGCUGUCAGAAGAUAACCAGGUAUACCUGAAAUUAUAUCAGCAGACCAAUCAAGUUUUUUCAAUACCAGGGUUGAACUGACUGAGAGCAUUAGAAAAUUUCUCUCCACACAGUAAUUAUUUUAAAAAGUGAAAUAAAUUUAUAUAUUCUGUUAUUAUUUCAUCUAUCUAUUACAAACUGAAGAGAGAUAGUUAUAUAUAAGAC